AUGACCCAAAGAGCUUUUCUAGGAAUCGCCGCUGGUCGACUCCACAUCCUCCAUAUUCUCUUUGCUUGCUUUGCUCUGCUUUGCCUUGCUUUGCCUUGCUUCGCCCAGAUCGAUCCCGGUCCAGUUGGGAUCCCGUCUCGAGGCCUGAGGUGGAUCUUGGCCCAAGAUGCAUCUUUCAUCUUUCAUGUGCAACACCAGCACGACAGGGUACAAGGUUGCAACAAAACCGCUGUCGACACAGACCAGACCUGA